GUUUGUUGGUCUGAGUAACUGGCUCAUUCCUUUUUUUUUUUUUCUUGUUCGACAUCCAAUCAUGUCGAUUAUCUACUCGCUCGUGUCCUGCGGGAGCACCAUUCUCGCCGAGUACACUGACAAGACCGGCAACUUUACCACCAUCACCCAGACCAUCCUGGACAAGAUUCCUCCUCAGAAUGCCAAAAUGACCUAUGUUUACGAUCGACACCUCUUCCACUACAUUGCAGAGGACGGAUUUGUCUACUUGUGCAUGGCAGACGAGGCGUUCGGCCGCCGCGUCCCGUUCGCCUUCCUGCUCGACGUCAAGUCGCGCUUCGAGUCGACCUACAAGGCCCGCGCUCGCACGGCGUUCGCGUACGGCCUCAACCGCGAGCUCGCUCCCAUCCUUAAGCAGCAGAUGGAGUACUACUCGCAAAACCCCAACUCGGACCGCAUCAACCAAGUCCGCAACGAAAUUGCACAGGUCAAGGACGUCAUGGUCCAGAACAUUGAAAAAGUCCUCGAGCGUGGCGAGCGCAUCGACUUGCUCGUCGACAAGGCCGACAACCUCAACCAGGCUGCAUUCCAGUUCAAGAAGUCGUCCACCAAGCUGAAGCGCAACUUUUGCUGGCAGAACGCCCGCCUGACCAUCAUAAUAGUGAUUGUGGUCGCUGUCAUUCUGACACUGAUCAUUCUGCUCGCGACCGGCAAGAUCUAAACGGUCUGCGCCUUUGUUUAUCGCCUGCAUAGCUUUUUUUUUUGUUGACUUUUUGGUGCGAUCGCUUGAUUCCGGCUUCCGCUCCCCACCCCUCCCCACCCCUGUCCAUUGUUUGUCGCUGCAUGCAUUUCCAAUGCACGCAUUAGGUGCUGAUUGAUGCUCAUUUCCCCUGCUCUUCCACAACACUUUGCACCUGUCUGAAUUUUUUCGUGUUUUUUUCAUUGUCUCGUUCUUCAAUUGAAAUUCUUAUUAAUCUCUUUCGAGUUUUU